UGCCCAAACCUUUGCUAAUACCCUGUGCUUGUCUGCUGCGCUGAGCCGAACGAUGCAAUACCUAAAUCCGAGAAUGAAACGGCCAAUUGUGUGAUUUCACAGAACCAGCUCCCAAUACUUAUCAGCCAUGGCUUGCAAUUCUUCAAGCUGCCAGUCUAAUUGCUACAAGAACGACGAGGAGUAUGCAGAAGACUCGCCGUCUUUAACUGAUCGGAAGUUAAGUACUAGUACUAAUGGACAGCAGAAUCUGUGUGUCAAGUGCAAGGCCAACCAGCCCAUUUCUAGUGCCUCUGCUGGUGCUGGUGCUGGUGCUGAUGAUGCGCACUUCUGUUACGGUUGUUUUCGGCGCAAUCUUUAUGGGAAGUUUAGACUUUCUGUUACUUCUUAUUCUAUGAUUACCCCUUCUGAUAAUGUCCUUGUCGCUUUCUCUGGCGGCCCUGCCUCCAGCGUGGCCCUACAGUUUGUACAUGAAAUGCAGCAUAGAGCGCAGAAAAAUUUUGAUGCGAGUAAGGACAGAUCAUUACCGGUGUUUGGUGUUGGAGUAGCAUUUAUUGAUGAAAGUGCUGUCUACCCAGAUGCUUCUGAGAAAGUGGAUGAUGCAAUUAGAGAGAUGAAAUUGGUUGUCUCAAAGCUAACCCCACCUAUGAAGCAAUUGCAUGUGUUUCCAAUUGAAAAUAUAUAUACUUCAGAUUCAAUUGAAGGGAAGGACAGAUUGACAAAAUUACUAGAUGCUGUGAAUGAUGCGACAGGGAAAGAAGACCUUCUGCUACACCUGCGGAUGUUGGCCUUGCAAAAGGUUGCUUCUGAAAAUGGAUACAACAGGCUUAUUUUAGGAUCUUGCACAUCAAGGAUUGCUUGCCAUGUCCUUGCAGCAACAGUGAAGGGCCAAGGAUAUUCUUUGUCAGCUGAUAUUCAGUAUGUUGAUGCCAGAUGGGAUAUACCAGUAGUUCUUCCGCUUCGUGACUGUACAGCACAGGAGUUGAACUUGCUAUGCCGCAUUGAUGGUCUAAAGACCUUGCAGUUACCUAAUAGCCCUCCCGCUGGAAUCAAUGGUUUGGUGUCUUCAUUUGUAACUCUUUUGCAGGAAGAAAAUCCUUCUCGAGAGUGUACGAUUGUACGAACAGCUGGAAAGCUUACUCCAUUCCAUUUUAAUAGAAUUCCUGAAAUCAGUGAUUGUACUGUUCCUUUGGCUACUCGAAGGCGUCAGAAGAGAUACAAUCUCAAGCCCAUGGAAUCUAUGUCCUCGGAGUCAUUCUGUCCUCUUUGCAAUAGUCCUCUCAGUAAUUCUGAUUUAUCGAGUUCGAACAAACCCGAAAGUUGCCAAAGUUCAAGAUUUGGUGGUGCCUGUUGUUCAAGUUGCCGUUUUCAGAUACUCCCCAAGGAUUCCUCAUCAAUGGAACAUUUCUAUUUGUCUUUACCCCAACAAAUGGUUGCCCGGGUGAAGCAUGGCAGCUGUGACAAUUCCAGUAUGCUAAGGCAGCAAAUUCAAGAUUGCCUACUUUCAGACAGUGAAGAUGAAACUUGAAUGAUUUUCAUUUUUACUUUGACAUCACACAUUAUUUGAUAUUGGGUACGGUGGGUCUGAAGACGACAGCUCUGGCUACCUGAAAUUGUUGAUUUCAGUUGCUUACUUCACCAUAGAGCACUUGCGAUUCAGAAUUUUCUACUAUUUAUUUCAAGAAUUGAUGUAAAAGGCUUUACAUAUUUUCUAUUUAAGAUUGAUUUAAUUAAUAGAUAUAACGGGGUUUUGCACCCUUUUCUUUUC